UUCCAUCGCAUUCAUGUAUAUUAUGUUGAUAUAUCUACAACGGAAAACUGUGCCACAGGACAACAUUGACAGUAUAUUCGAUCGAUUCAUUUUUUCUAACAUAAAUCCGUCAAAAUAUUUUUGUUUCUCGGUGAAGUUUGUGUUGUCACAGGUCAAAACUUUAUGACUUGAUAUGAAAUUCAUACAAUUACGUGUGUACGUGUAGUGAUAACGUUUGUGUGCACAAAAAUAUAAUAAACGAACAAAACCGCGGCUAGUUACACAUUUAAAUGAACUUUCAUUGUUGACCAGAAAACAAAAAGUUUUGUUUAUAAAAAUGGGAAACAGUCAAGGCAAUCAAAACGAAACUAGUAAUUUAAGUGAAAAACAGCGCAAAGCAUCCACAGUCCGUGGUCGUGUUUUGGCCAGAUUCAAGUCACGAAACAGCUUGCAAACGAGAGACAAUAUUGUUGACCCAGUGUCGGCGCUCAAUUAUGAGUUUACCAAUAUUCGAACGGAAAGUACAAAUGAUGUGCAUGAAUCAGCUGGUAUUCAUUCAUUUGAUAGAGUUGAUAAAAGAAUUUCACAAAUAUCGCAGGGCGCUGAUAGCGCUAAGGAUGCAUUGGAUUUCGCCAACCAAAACCAAUUUGACAGCGACCCCACUAAUACACAAUUUGAACAAAUUUAUGAAAUCAAAACGUCAGCCACAAGAGCUUCAUCAACAUUACCAAUUUUACCGACAGUACCGGCAGAAUCAUUUCAUCGAAUACCGAACGAAGUGCACGUGUCGUUGACCUCAACCACAUCAGAGAAUACCAAAACAGUAACUUCAUCACCAGCUGAUAUCCAUGGAUUAAAUCAAACAACCACAACACAAACAAAAGCAGCACAACGAGUUUCAUCAUCGAAAGAACUACGGGAAUCAACAAAUGUGCGUACGAAUAAUGUGUUCAGUAAUUAUUUGGUACCGAGCGAUGUAGCUACGGCUAAUGCAACGUUAAUUGAUGGUACAAUUGUCGGGAAUGAGAAAUGGUGCGGUGAUGAAAAUAGUAGAACUGGUGAAAAUAAGUGUGAAUCGAAUGUGCAUUGUGGCAAGGAUAAAAAUAUAAUUUUCUCGACGAGGUCGUGGAACAUUGCUAGACGAUUCAGUGAUCUGUUCAGAAGGAGGCGAUCGGAAACAGAGAUAACAAACAAACUAACACCUUCAACCACAGACAUAAUUGUUUUACGUGAACAAACAACAUCAUCCAGUUCAGAUUCAAUAUUUACCGAUCCGUUAACAACACCCAUUGGAUUUUCGACUGAAAUAAAUCAAUGUUACUAUUCGGAAGAAAAUGUAUGUGACACAAGUGAUGUUGACAAAUUAGACCAAUUAGCUGGAGUAACAGUACCAUCACGAAGCUAUUCCAGAAAAACGAAAUCGCAUUUGGAUAUUUUGGAUAAAUUGUCGAAAUUAAGUCUAACGAAUGUGGAUUGCUACACAACGGUGCCUAAUUAUUGCAGUGACGAAGUUGAUGCUACGAUGUCAGUGACAAGUAAUUUGCAAAAAAUCAACCGAAUGUCACCGUCCAGCAACGAAAAUGGUACGGACAAAAUAAAUAUUUUCAAUGUGGCGAGAGUGAAAAAAGUCGAGCUCAACGAUUUGCCAACAUUGACGAAAGUUGAAGAUGACACUGUUUCAGCGACAACAAACGAAGCUCAAUUAACACCAACAACAAUAUCGCAACAGCAGCCUAUAACACAAGACAUACAACCAACCCCAUCGUCGAUAAUUGUACACCAGCAACCAGCAGCACCGGUCUGUUCGUCUACAACAUCCCAAGGGGAUGGGAACGUGUUAAAAAAGGUUGCUUCUUUUACAGUUGAAAGGACUAAUUCUGAUAACACAGCAUCUAAAAUAUCACGCCCUUCUUAUGUACCGGAAAAAUUAAAUUUCAGUGCUUACGAAAAAUUCGAAGGUCAAAUGCUAUUAAAUUGGAUGUCUUCGUCGUCGUCACAGCUAUUGUACAAUGUAAGCGAUCAAGAUAUUAGCCCACUCAUACAGCAGUAUUGUACGAAUUUACUUGUUGCUGGUGUUAUCAAGCAAAUAGCCGAUAAAUAUGCACCAAUUCAAGAAACUUUUCGGCCGAAUUUGAUGUACGAAUGGACGCAUGCAUCAAAGUCAUUCUACCUAGAUACACCUCCGAAGAUUCACAACUCAAAGUCUCGCAGUAAUUUCAUUUGUACCACGCGUGGCGACAGUUUAAACGAAAGCUUCUCAUCACUUUCACAACUGAAACAGAACUCAGACACCGUUGACUUGAAAGCAAUACGUAAUAGGCUCAAUGUUGCCACAUCCAAAUUUAACGAUCGUCAGAUGGACACAACGUCUUUAACCGUCAUAACAGAAGUCUUCAAGGACCUGGAAAUGAUUUGCAGUGAGUUAUUGGCUGUGCAGAAAAAAUUGUUAAGUCGAAAGGACUUGCUGGAUGAGACUGACAAUGAUUUAUAUAUCAGUUGUAAUGACAGCUUAGGGAUGUAUGUUACGUCUGUGGAAAAUUUAUCCGAUUUUCACCGUGAAGAUAAUGAAGAUGGUAAUUCGACCGUUAAGACAAUAGAAAAUUUAGACAAUGAAACAGCUGAAGAUUAUGUACAAACAACCUGUGAUAAAAUAGAAAUUUGUAAAUAUUGUGGCAAGACGAAUUCAAAUGAAGGAGUAGAAUUGGUACCUGAGACAGGUGCCGAUAAUCGUGUGGAAAAGGAGACACAGACUAACGCAAGUUUAUGUAACGAAGAACAAUUUGAUGUCAAUAGCAGCGAGAAACAGAUAAAAAAUAAUUCGAUUCACGAAGUUAAUUUGACGUCCACUCCAAAUGGCCGUCCAAGUGAUGCUAGAAUACCAGUUCCUCCACCAAUGCCAAUAACGCCUUCAUCAAUACCUAUACCGCCACCGCUGCCACCACCGAUUAACUCAAUGCUACUGGAUACACAAAUUAACUCCAAUUCAACGACAGAAGUGGGAGAAAAGUUGGCAACGAGUGGCAUGACUAAUACUCUUGAAUUAACAUCGACUCCGAAUGUUCCAGUUCCUCCCCCAAUGCCAAUGACACCUUCAUCAAUGCCACCACCUCCACCUCCACCGAUGAACUCAAUGCCACCACCACCUCCACCGAUGCCAUUCCAAAAAAAUCAGCCAGGUAAUCAGUCUACAACUACAUCAUCGACUACUCUUCCUUCUACAAUGGGUCUCCCUCCUCCUCCUCCUCCGCCACAAACAACUGACACCGUUGACGGUACUUCGAACGGAUUAAAUGGUUUGGUGGGACCUUCAUCUUCUAAAACAUUUGCACCCACACCAUUACCGAUGCCAGCAGCAGGAAAUGCCUGGUUUCAAGCUAAUACUCUCCGAAAAAACGCACUGAAGCCACCGAAACCCAUGAAGCCGUUAUAUUGGACUAGAAUCGUUGCUCCAUCUGCUGUAGCUCCACAACCCAAUGUUCCAGUGAAUGCAGAUGAGGCCCAACUUUGGAAAGAAAUUGAUGAGACAGCGCUGGAUAAUUUGGACGAAUUUACGGAGAUGUUUUCGCGUCCCAUUAUCGAACCGAAAAAGCCGAAAGAAGAAACCCAAAAAUUGGUCAAAUCAAAAACCAUCAAAGUGCUCGACUCAAAACGGUCGCAAAGUGUGGGCAUAUUUUCUCGAAGUUUGCACGUGAAUUUUGCCGAAAUCGAACACGCCAUCUACCAUUGUGACACGUCUGUCGUCAGUUUGGAGGCCUUACAAACUCUUAUGGAAAUCAAGGCAACACCCGAAGAGUUGGAAAUGAUCCAAGCGGUGGCAUCUCAAGACUCCGGAGCUCCUCUUGAUGCGCCCGAAGAGUUUCUGCUGAAAAUUUCGAAUUUCUCGUGUUCUUCGGAGAGAAUUUCGUGCAUUGUGUUCCAGUCGGAUUUCGAAGAAGGGAGCUUGUCGGUGACGAAAAAACUGAAUACGGUUAUCAGUCUGUGCGAAGUGCUGAUGGAGAAUGAAGAUCUGAAAACGUUAUUUUCGAUCAUCCUGACAUUGGGCAAUUACAUGAACGGUGGUAAUCGUCAACGAGGACAAGCCGAUGGAUUCGGAUUGGAAAUUUUGGGUAAACUUAAGGACGUGAAAUCGAACGAUCCGAAAGUGACGUUGCUGCACUUCAUCGUCAAAACGUACAUAAGUCGAUGUCGAAAGGCGGGUACUCCAUUGAAUGACAUUGUUCUGCCCAUUCCGGAUCCGGGUGAUGUGGUGAAGGCAGUGGUUAUCGAUUUCAAAGAAGUGGAAGAGCAAGUCAGUAGUUUAGAGAGGAAGUUGAAUGAGUGCCGCAAAAUCACCGACAUGGUAAUUUCAAAGUCAACCGAGAAUACGUUGCAGCCAUUCAAGGAUCAAAUGGAGGCGUUCCUCGAUAGAGCCUUAAAGAGAAUUGAAAAGCUGUCGAAGAAACUGGUCGACGGCAAGGACAUAUUUCUGAAGACGUUGAAGUUCUACAAAUUCAUGCCAAAAUCGGGACCAUUGAGUGAAGUGACGCCCGGCCAAUUUUUUGAAUAUUGGGCUCCAUUCACUAACGAUUUUCGAGACAUUUGGAAGAAAGAGAUGACAAUUUUGAACAAUGAAAUUAUGCAGAAGGCCAGAGCGCUGUACAAUAAAAAUUUAGUUAGAGCUGCCGAGCGGAAAGUUACGCCAACCAAACCGGGAAGCCUGAAAGAACGAAUGCUAAGACUUCGGAAAAAACAAAGUGAAAAAUUGUCGAAAAAUUGAAGAAGAAAAAGAAGAUUUGUGUUCCUUUCUAGUUUGCACAGCAAACCGAUCGCUAAAUUAUAAACUUAUUAUCUGAA